AUGUCAACCGGUAAAUAUGUUGGUAUGGAUUUAAACUUAAAAAAAGAUGCUUUUUGUGUUCUUUCAGAUGGAACAAGAUUUAUGCAUCCUCAAAAUCAUAAAAAGAACGAGCAAAAACUAAUUAAAUCUCAACAAAUUUUAAAUAGAAAACAAAAAGGAAGUAAAAACCGAGAAAAAGCAAGAUUAAUCCAUGCUAAAAAGCAAUAUGACGGCAUAGCAAGAGAAAACUUAAAAAUCCCUAGCAUGCUUAAAAACAGAAGACUAGCAAAAGCAAUAUUCAGAGUUAUGGAAGAUACUGGUCGCCAAUUGGUUAAAGUUUCUCCUUACAAUACUACGCAAAAAUGUUCGGGUUGUGGUGAAAUAGCCAAAGAUAAGGACAUUUGGUCUUUUGCUUUAAGCAAAACCAGUAGUAGUGAUUUACAAGAAUUAUUAGAAAAAAUUAACACUUUAACUCAAAGGAAAGUAAAUGCUAGUCAAUUAAUUAGAGCCUUAAUUUAUCUAGGUAAAGAAAGCAAGGAGGAAAAAUUACUCAAAGCUUUAAAAGAGCCAAAAACUACUUUACAAUUACUAAAUGAAUAUAAAGAAUACGGAAAGUAUUUUGCGGAUUUGUUUCCCGAAGUAAGUUAUACAGAAACCGAAAAAGGAUUAUAUUACUGGAUUUUAAUUAAAGAAUUGCCGCCCAAUGGCACUUUAAAAAACUUUGAUGGGGAAAAUUUAGGAGAUUUUUACGGCAGCGGUAAAUUAGUAGUGGGAGCCGGUAGCAGAGUUGAUAAAGACUUACACCCUAUCCACCCUGGCGAAAUCUUGCGGGAGGAAUUAUUAAAAACUUAUCAGAUUACUCCACAACAAUUAGCCCAACACCUUAAAGUUGAGGAGAAUGUCAUUGAAGAGUUAAUUCAAGAAAAAACUAGUUUAACCGUAGAUUUAGCUUAUCGACUUUAUUAUUUUUUUGGAGUUAGUGCCGAAUAUUGGCUUAAUUUCCAAAGAAACUAUGAUUUAGAAACUUAUCAAGAAAAAGAAAACUUGAAAAAGCAAAUUAAACCUUAUCCAAGAAAAGAGCAAAAUAUUUAA